AUGGUCAAAGACUAUCCACAGAAUAGAGGUCAGGCUGGAGGUAAUUCUAAGCCUACGCCUAACCCACAGGGUGCAGCAGCAGCCGAGCCUCCCAAGAGGAACAGACUCUAUGCCCUGAACGGCAGGGAGGAGCAGGAGAAGUCCGCUGAUAUGGUCACAGUACUACCUGAAGGUGUGGAGGUGGACCUUAGGAAGAUUGAGGCUGUGAAGAACUUGCCAAAGCCUCUUACUCCCAGUGACAUUCUUAGCUUAUUGGGAUUGGAUGGUUACUACCGAAGGUUUGUGGAGGGAUUUUCUUCCAUUGCUUCCCCAUUGACAGAUCUGAUUAAGAAGAAAGCCAAGUUUGAACGGACGGAGACAUGUAAGAAGAGUUUCCCGGAGCUCAAGGACAAACACAGUUCAGCCCCGAUGCUCUCUGCCUAA